AUGGAGGGAAACUUUAGUGUUGUGAUUCAACGCAUCCUUCCACCCAAGCAUAAAGAUCCAGGCAGUGUCACUAUACCUUGCUCGAUCGGUGCAGUCUCAGUUGGUAAGGCUCUUAUUGAUUUAGGAGCCAGCAUAAAUUUGAUGUCGCUCUCUAUGUGUCGGAGGAUGGGAGAGCUAGAGAUAAUGCCAACCAGAAUGACUCUGCAGUUAGCUGAUUGCUCCAUCACCAGACCGUAUGGAGUGAUAGAAGACGUUUUGGUCCGAGUAAAGCACUUAACUUUCCCUGCCGACUUUGUGGUCAUGGACAUUGACGAAGAUGUUGAUAUCCCAUUGAUCUUGGGACAUCCAUUCAUGCUGACUGCAAGUUGUGUGGUGGAUAUGGGAAGAAGAAAGUUGGAAAUGGGCAUCGAUGAUCAAAAGAUCAGUUUUGAUCUAUUUGAUGAAGAAAAAUAA